AUGGCUCGAUCGUCAUCAACAAGUGUCACCAUGAAAGUUUUCGUAAUCGCCGUAUGCGUGUGCGCCGCCCUCGCCCUUCCAGAAGAAGUGAAAAUGGAAAACAAACCGACUGUGGUCAAAUCCGAGACCUUGGCAGCACCACUUCCGACGAGCAUAGUGAAACGAGCUACUCCUCAGGUGGUCUCUACCCAGAGAGACACGUCGCUUCCGAAUGUCAGCGAAGACGUCCUCGACAAGGCGCUCAGCGACAGGAGGUUCGUGCAAAGGCAACUCAAGUGCGCUACCGGCGAAGGACCGUGCGACCCCAUUGGCCGAAAAAUUAAAGCUCAUGCACCGUUAGUGUUGAGAGGAAUGUGCGUCAAGUGUUCGCAGACGGAAAUCAAACAGAUUCAACGUGUCAUGUCACAUAUUCAGAAAAAUUAUCCCAAGGAGUACACUAAGAUGCUGAAACAGUAUCAGAGCGGUUUCUAA